UCCAUUAUUGUAAACGAAGGCCAAUUACCUCUAUGUUAUCCCUCAUCGUGUCCCUGGUACAAAUCGGACACGACAAACCUCACGCAGCCCCCGCCGAUAUAUUUCCCCUUCUCCUCCAAAUGCACGGCGCCCUCUCAUGGCGACCGUCAUUUCGUCCUCCGUGUUUUCUCCCACCAACUUCCUUUCUUUCCCUCUGUCCCAGAGAUCUUUGGAACUCAAUCCGCACCCUGCUCGCAGAAACCUCUGCUGCUCAGGAAAGAAAUACAGCAGCAAGGGAAGGGCGGCGAAGAGCGACGAGGAGUUGUGCGAUGAACUGCGGGAGUUCAUAGAGUCCAUGGGGCUUCCGGAAGAUCACUUACCUUCAAUAUCGGAGCUUCGUGAAAAUGGGAGGAAGGAUCUUGCAAAUAUUGUGAGGCGGAGAGGAUAUAAGGCAAUUACAGAGCUUCUCCUAAAUUCUAAUAGCGUAAGCCAUUUUGAUAAAACUUCUGAAGGAAAUAAAGAUGGCAAAGGCUGUGCUUUUAAUAGGGAUUUUCCUUCAGAGGCUAUUGAAGGGGACAAUUUGAAUGACAUUAAUCAUCUGAAGAGCUUGCUGUGCCAAAAGGAGACGGAACUCUCCCAAUUAAAGAAGCAAAUUGAAGAUGAAAAGCUUGCAUUAGUUAAUCUGCGAGCUCGCGUGAAAGCUGAGCUUGGUGAUAUACAAUGUUCGAUAGCUGACAAAGAUGCAGAACUUCGUGCUGCCCAGGAAUACUUAAAUGGCCUAAAAGAGGUACAUAUUAAUUAUAGGACAAAUGGUCAAGUAGUAGAAGUUGCUGGUAGCUUCAAUGGUUGGCAGCAUAAGGUCAGGAUGGAUUUGGAUCAUUCAUCUGAAUGCAUAGAUUCACUUGAUUCCAGGAAGCCAGAGCUCUGGUCUACGGUCUUGUGGCUUUAUCCUGGAAUUUAUGAGGUAACUGAGGAUCCUACGACCUAGAUCGCGAUUUUGCAAACCAUGGUUGGAGCAAUUUACUUAUGUGGUUAUACAGCAAGCAGGGGUUGCUAAUCGGGUGACAGAUGCUUUGAGUUGAAGGAGUUACAAUGUGGGUUGAGGUGCUAGAUUUUGAUUCUUUUCGUGAUUUGCUUACUACUAAUCCUUAUUUUUUUGUGAUACUGCAAGAUAUACAUGUCGAGAAGAAAACAUAAUUUUUAUCGCAUGAUGAUUUCUGUUUAAGGGCAAUCAAUUAUGCAUUCCAGAUUGUAGUCUGCUCUUGCAGAUAAUCAAGGAAUUGCACGGUGAAGGGCACGUUGGUAGGGAUAGAACGCUGCACUUGGUUCAAACUUCCUACUUUUGGUCUAUUUUGUAGUGAGAAGUCGAGAAGUAUGUGUAGCGGUGCAAAAUUUGUCUGUCUCUAACGAGGUAGCCACUAAUGUUGGAUUGUACACGCCUUUGCCAAUCCUUUCUCAGCCUUGGGUUGAUAUUAGCAUGAAUUUUGUACUGAGUUUGUCACGUACCCAGUGAGGUAUUGGUUUUAUCUUUGUUGUCGUUGAUAGAUUUUCUAAGAUGGUUUAUCUUGUUCCUUGCAAGAAGACGAUAGAUGCUAUUAAUGUGACACAAUUGUUCUUUUGAGAUAACUACUUCUGGUCUGUCGAUGUCCAUUGUUUCAGAUAGAGACAUUCGUUUCCUUAGCCAUUUUUAGUGCAACUGGUGGAAGAUGGUCAAUGCAUAGUUGAAUUUCAGUAGUGCUUAUCAUCCUCAGACUGAUGGACAAACAGAGGUUGUGAAUAGGUCGCUUGGCAAUUUAUUGCGUUGCUUAGUAGGAGACCAUAUGAAGAGUUGAGAUCAAAAGCUACGUUAGACAAAAUUUGCUCACACCCAUGCAGUGAAUCGCGGUACUGGUGUCGGUCCAUUCUAGGUGGUUUACUCGGCUUAGUCUCGUGGUCCAUUGGGAUUGUUGUCAUUGCCAAGAAAGACUAUUGUCCAUGGUAAAGCAGCAGAUUUUGUGAAUUGCUUACAAGAUGUCUAUGAAAUAGUUCAUGAAUAUCUGUCUAUCUUUAAUUCCAAGUUCAAACAUAAAGCAAACCAAAAAUGCCGACACUUUAGUUUGAUGUUGGGGACUUUGUGUGAGCAGUUUUAACUAAGGAUCGUUUUGCUACUAGGAUUAUACCAAAUUGUCAGCCAAGAAGAUUGGUCUUGUUGAGAUUGUUGAGAAAAUGAACUUAAAUGCUUAUCAUUUGAAGAUGCCUAGUCAUAUUCGCACUGUCGAUAUUUUUAAUGUGAAACAUUUGAUUUCUUUCCACGGUGAUUCUUUUGAUGAUUAUGUGGCCAAUAAUUCGAGGGCGAAUUUUUUUACACUGGGAGAAUAACGUGGAGCAACAGAGCCUAGAGUUUUGGGAUCGUUUUGAUUGCGACCACGGGUGGAUAAUCUGUGAGAGACCAUAACUUUUGACUCGGGUUGAAUCAUGGGACACACAAUACAUUAAAUCGAAACUUGUUCAAAGAUCUACAAUUGGUUACCGGGUGUAAUCCAUAACAGCCUAGUCUUAGACCCAAAAAGCAUAGUUUAAAGCCUUUUUGGUGCCUUCGAAGAAUUGUCUUUUUUAAGGUUAUUUUCAUUUUUUGCAUCGUUAGAUUUUUAAGACUAUUUAAAUUAUUUGUUUAGUUGACGUUAGGGCAGUUGUUUUUUAUUAAUAAACUUUUUUGAAGUUUUUUUUUCCCCAAACGAUAAGUUUAUGGAUGCCUAUUUUCUUAGUAUUUUGCUGAAUCAAUUUUUUGAUAUAUGCUGAAUCAAUAGGUCUUUAAAAGAUUAUUUUCGAUGUUCAUAUUCGAAUCAAAGAUUCAUUAGUUCCCGCCACAUCAGAUAUAAUAACACUAAACAUCAUGUCCAAAUAAAGUAAUUGACAUGAUAUAAUAAGAUUAUGUCAGUAAUAACAUAACAAAGCUAUUAUGAAAAUAAAAUGACAAGAUCACAAAUGUAUUACAUGAAAGCAUUUACUAAGGAAGAAUAAGAAUAUGCUAAAUAAAAUUAUACUAACUUAAUUACUUGUUUUUACUUGGUACCAAAAGUUUAAUACUAGAGAAAAAUAAAUAAGUAUGGAUAUAUAAAAAUGAACAUGUUUAUAAAAUCAUAUAUAUCAACGUGUAUACAAUAAAUAUAAGCAAAAUUGCAAAAACUAAGUCAUAGGUAAUUGUAAAAAUUAGGAACAAUAAGCAUCAUAAAUCAUGUAAGCAAUCUCAAAAAUAGGCACGUCUUGAGAACAUGCUAAGUAAAAUAUAAGAAACAAUGAGCAUAUAGAAAAUAAUAUUAAAAUUGUAAAAAUAAUAAACAAUGCCAUAAUAAGAAUAAGCACAGCACAAAAUUAAACAUGUUAACUUAAAUUCAUCUACUCUUCCGCCUUUGACAACUAGAAAAAAUAUAACACACAAAUGAAUUGCAAUAAGAUAUCAAUAAAAGCAUCAUAAGCAUCAUAAAUAAUAGAAAGAGAACAUUACUAAAAAUAGAAUAUCCAAUUAGUCAAAUAUGUAGAUAGUGUGAUACACUUAAGAACAUGAAUAACAACCAAAAGAGCUACUGGAAUAUCAAUUGUACUCAAAUAUUCAUAAUAUCCAUACAUGCUCACCAAUAAGUAAACUAACAAUGUUACUUCUCAUUUGAAUCCACCAUCAUGCCAAAGUGACACAUGAGUUAAGUUUGAUGAGAAUACAUUCUAACCAUUCUGGAAUCUACGAGUGUGUACGUCUCUCAUCUCAACUCAAAAACUCUCCAUUUGUGUAGCAAGUCUGUCAACUCAAGGAUCAUGCGUAGGUCGUUCCUCUUCCUCUUGAUAAUCCUCAGCUUCUUUAGAACCCCAAGCCUUUUGUUAAGAUCCCAUCUCAAAGCAAUGCCAAUUGGAUGCAGACAUGCAGUCUAAUAAGCUACAUGUUAUGCAUGUCAAUAGUGUUUUUUUUCUUUGCUCAACAUUCUCACCAGAAGAGAUAGCCACUCUAACUCUCAUGAAAUCAAAACCUGAUAUUAUGGCGACUCUUUUUAGAUUUGGCAAUGUUAGUGAUGUAUCAGUACAUAAAGUAGCCUAUAUUUAUGUCUAAAUUGUUCAGAAGAAUGCAUACAUGAUAAAAAAUGAGCAGGGGGAAUUUUGGCUUUAAUCCUAGAAGAAAAUAAGAAAGUCACAAUCAUCACAGAAGGAAUACAGAGGGACAUAUUAAGGCUUCAAGUUCCUAGACAGAAUCCUGGCUUUUUUACCACUAGGAUCUGAAAGAGAAAGAGAUGCAGAAUACUAAGAGUGACACUUGGAGAAUAAGGAGCAGCAGCAGUAAACCUAGGAUAGCAGUAAAAUAAUUAUCAGAAUCAUUUGCUCCAAGAUGCUUGUUAAAGAUAGCAAGAGUGAGUUGAAUAUGCCUACCUCUCAUAAAAAUCUGAGAUUGGGCAGUGAAUUCAUUAACAAUUCCUAUAUGGUGGAAGAAUUCAUGCAAUCUACCUAAAUUAGUGUAGUUGGUACAAUAUACAAGUUUUUCUGACUUGUAGGUUCCAGUGAUUGGUUUAAUAUAUCAAGCAAAAUCACGGAUGAAUGUGGAGUCCAUUUGUGUUGUGUGGCCAUUGCUUGAAUGAUUUUAUUCCUAAUUGAUUGGGUUGUGUUUAAAAAUCUAAUGCUAGUCUAAGAUGCCGGUGUAGGUGGAGAAAUACUAGAAGAUUGAGAUCUUCAGCUAUUUUAAGAAAGUGUUUGGUUCUAUUAUUCCUGUGUACCCCUACAUAACCGAAAUGAUUAUGAUUCAUGAUGUAUAUGAUGAAAAAUGUCAUGAAAAUCAUAAAAAAUGAAUUUAAUCCUGAGCACGGUGCAACGGCGAGACCCUAGUAGAUCACCCACGCAACCAUGGUUUGAAACUCAGGACCGACAAGGAAUUCAUCAUCGUGUUCAAAAAUUAGGGCAUGUGAGCCACUAGCCACUUGGCCGCUCGUGCUUCUGGAUUUACUCAAUGGACGAACCAAGGGGAGGCCGCCUACCCUGAAGUCUAGUUGGGCGGUAAGAGGUGGAUACCUGGGCGGUAAGAGGUGGAUACCUGGGCUAUUAAAAAAAAAAGAGAAUUAAAAAAAAAAAUUAGAUAAUAAAUUAGAGUUAGGAUUUAUUAAAAAUCAAAACUAGAAAUAAAAAGAAGAUGAAAAAGGCUUAUAUCUUCCAUGGAUUUUGGUGUUGAGCUUUGCGGUUGAUAUGGGUGGAUUUUAUCAUUCCACUGAGUGAUAUCUAGAUGACUUCGGCAUGAUGGCAUGACAUAUGGCGGAAAAUAAUGAAAACAAUGGGAGGGAAGAAAGACCAAAGGAGAGAAGGGAGGAGAGGUGAUUUUUGAUAUCGAUUUUAUUGCUCCGCUCACUAACUGACACGCUAGAUGACUAAGCAUUGAUGGCACUUGACGGAUCGACGGAAGUAAAGAGAGAGAAGGGCUGAGGGGAGAAGGAGAGGAGUUUAACUAGGGGGAUCAGAGGGAGAGAAAGGAGGAGAGGAGAAAAGAAGAGUACUAGAGAUGGGUGGGGGUGCUGUUGUAGGAGAAGAAUC